AUGAAUCACGGCGGCGUGGACCAUGGAGGACAUGGGGGGAUGGAUCACGGUGGCCAUGGCGACAUGGAUCACGGCGGCAUGGGCGACGGGUGCAAAAUGAACAUGGUCUGGAACUGGGACACGACCGGCAUCUGCAUCUUGACUUCGAGCUGGCGCAUCACCACGCCGUUCUCGCUGUACCUCUCGCUCACAUUCAUCGCCUUCUCUGCGGUGCUCUACGAAUGGCUGCGGCUCUAUAUCCGCCGCCUAGACGCCCUACUAGCAGGUAGUUCUUCGGCGAUGGCGGGUGCGACGCAUCGACGACGUGCGUCGCUUAUGCUACCCACCACCAACCCAGGGUCCGCUUCGAGUAGCUCAAGUGGAGCGGCAGGAAUUACCGACAGACGCUCGAUCAACAACUCGAAACGCCGCUCAGCUUCGUCUUCGUCUUCAUCGCUGCUCGGGCUCGACAGGCAGAGUGGCAGAGGCAAGUGGAUCAAGCCGCUCGAAACCAGUCGAAGGACUCAGAUCUGGCGCAGCAGUCUGUACGCCAUUUCGAUCGGAAUCAGUUUCGUGCUCAUGUUGAUAAGCAUGACAUUCAAUGCCUAUGUCAUUGCUGCUAUCGUUGUUGGCGCUGGACUGGGCCACUACUGGUUCAACCGCGAUCUGCCUUCUACCAGCCUGCUGACCGGCUCAGCAGACGACAAAGGACUUGCUUGUCACAUGUAG